AUGACUCGAUCAUUUAGCAGUCAGGAGAUGCACUUGGACGAGGUUCCACAGGAUGAGGGGUCAGCACGAUGGUCAGAGUCUAUAAAAGUAAAACGGGAGAGCAAGAGAAGAAAGAAGAGCUACUGGGACGACGAUGAUAGGGUGUUGGUCGGUACAAGAGUUGCUGAGGGUCACGAGAACUUUGUCAUCGCAUACAAUAUGCUGACGGGUAUUCGAGUGGGUGUUUCGAGGUGUAAUGCGAAGGUGGAUCGGCCGUUGACAGACGAGGAUUUUGAGGCUCGGCACAAGUUCUCUUUCGAUAUCACCGGCAAUGAACUUACGCCAUCGGCGAAGUACGAUUUCAAGUUCAAGGACUAUGCUCCAUGGGUCUUCCGACAUCUGCGACAACUCUUUCGUCUCGAUCCAGCUGACUAUCUGGUUUCGUUGACUGGCAAGUAUAUUCUUUCUCAACUUGGCUCGCCAGGAAAGAGCGGCAGUUUCUUUUACUUUUCGAGAGACUACCGCUUCAUCAUCAAGACUAUCCACCAUAGCGAACACAAGUUCCUGCGAAGAAUCUUGAAGGACUACUACAACCAUGUCAAGAACAACCCUGACACAUUGAUUUCUCAGUUCUACGGUCUGCAUCGUGUAAAGGCGCCUUAUGGUCGGAAAAUCCACUUUGUUGUCAUGAACAAUCUGUUUCCUCCACAUCGCGACAUACACCAAACAUUCGACUUGAAGGGGUCAACUAUCGGCCGAGAUUUCAGGGAAGAGGACCUUGCGAAGAACCCUCGGGCUACUCUUAAGGACUUGAACUGGAUCAGGCGCGAUAUGCAUCUCAGUCUUGGACCGACCAAAGGCGAGUUAUUCUUACGCCAGGUGAAGACCGACGUCGACCUCCUCUCUCGAUUGAACAUUAUGGACUACAGCUUGCUUAUCGGCAUUCAUGACCUAACUCGGGGCAAUAAAGACCAUAUCUUGGACAACAGCCUGUCAGUGUUUCAUCCCGAAAGUCCUGCCGUGGAGCAAAGUACGCAACUGCAAAGAGUGCCAAGUUCACGUGCGGACAAUGCUAAAGCGGCGUCGGCGCUGAGGAAGGUCGUCAGGAAAGCUGGUCCAGUGCGGAUAGGGAAGACUGUUGGUGAAGACGGGUUGCCGAAUUCCGAAAGUUCUGAGCGUAAGAGCUUUGUGUUUUACGCUGAUGACGGUGGAUGCCGGGCCACGAACGAGUCGAAUGAGCCUGGAGAUGUCAUAUACUAUCUGGGUAUCAUUGAUCUCUUGACUAAGUACGACAAGAUCAAGAAGAUGGAACAUUUCUGGAAGGGUUUGUCAAACGCCAAGAGUCAGAUUUCGGCCGUUCCUCCGCCUGAGUACGCUCAACGGUUUUUUAAGUUCAUCUCUGCGAUCGUGAAGACGCCUGAAAGGUUGAUGCGCGAACGACGGGGGUUGGGUGACAAGCAGGAUCCCGAGGAGAAACGCAUCAUGGAAAGAGCCGAACUUGAGGCUCGGAGAGAGGAGACGCGACAUCAUCAUAAGGAGAAGGAGGAGGACAAACCGGAAAGGACAUUGCGGGCAGUGCAGAGUCCAAUUCCAGACGAGGAGCAGGUCUUACCAGUCAUCAACCCGGGAGGCGAAGAGCGCGAUGGCGACAGUGGUAGAGGUGACAGUGGAUCUGGCGAGGAUAGAGAGGCCGCGAUGAAUGAGAAGGCUACUACCGUGGAUGGAGCAGCAACGUCUGGCAGGGAUACUGGACCCCUACCAGUCAAGCGCAAGGUUGGUGUUACCAAGGGAGAUGAGGGGUUUGAAGAUCAGCAUGCUGCAGUAGCAGCUGCUCACUAA